AUGGAUAUACAGCGAAUGGAUGACUGGCAAAGCAGCCAGGACGAUGCAGAGGAUUCUGCACUGCUUGGUGUAAUACUUUCCUCUGAUAAGACCAAUAUCACAAACAUGACCGGCGGACAUGCUGCCCACCCCCUCCUCAUCAGUCUUGCCAACAUCAAGAUGGCAGUUCGAAACAAGGCAUCAUCACACACUUUUCUUCUCACAGCCCUGCUUCCCAUUGCUGAAUUUUUGCAUCCUGUCAAACAUAUGCAAGGUGUUCUAGAAGCUCGCCUAAUCCAUCAGUGUCUUGACAUUAUCCUCGAGCCAUUCAAGCAGGCUGCGCGCAUUGGAUCCAAAACCACCCUUACACAACUCAAGAACAUCAAAUCUAUAUGCGACCCACUAAAUGUCGAAGCCUUCUUCGCCGCAUGUGAGCCCAACUGCCUCAGCGGUGUUGUUGAUUUGUUCUGGUGCGACUGGCCAUUCGUAGAUCCAAACUUGUUUCUGACCCCGGAGGCCUUGCACCAUUGGCAUCAUGAAUCCUAUGAUCACAAUGUACAGUGGUGUAUCAAAAUUGUCGGUGUGAAGGAGCUCAACUUUUGUUUCUCUGUCUUACAACUGCUCAUGACAUUCCGACAUUUCAAACAGGGUAUCUCAACGCUCAAGCAAGUCACUGGAAGAGCGCAGCGGGACAUACAGUGUUACCUUGUUGCUAUCAUCGCGAAUGCUGCACCUCCAGGCGUCGUCAUAGCUGUCCGUGCACUAAUGGACUUCUGUUACUUAUCUCAAGCAGUAACCAUCAACAAGAAGCAAUGUCAGAAGAUCCUUGAUGCUCUCAAGAUGUUUCACAACCACAAACAUGAAGUUAUUGCGCAUGGUGGGCAUCGGGGUGCCAAGAGCAAAAACAUCCUUGACAACUGGUACAUUUCAAAAGCUCGAAAUGAUGCAAAGUGUUGUGCCGAGUAUCUAUCAAAUAUGUUGAUGUCUAUUGCCCAGCAACCGCAGUCCCAGACGCACACCACCACUGCCGGAUAUAGAGAUGAUCCGGAUGAUGGGAUUGAUGAUGAUGAGAACACUGAUGAAGCAGGUGAUAUCCAGGCUGCCAUUAGUGAUUUGUGGGGGACAGGACAUGUUGUAUUGAAUUUCUUCAAGAAGGCACAACUUGUCUCGUUGUCCACCACAGCGCCCAGACCACUCCGCAUGUUUGUUGUUGGCUCCACCGCCAUACGUCUCAAUUUUGACCCCUCAUUACAACACCAAGCUAUCGACAAUGUCGCUGGGAAGUUCUGUUUGCCCGACUUGUGA